CUUCUUACAGUAGAGCUAUCUAUCUCCCAUUCACAUCACAGUCUCUGUCUGUAUCAGAUAAAGCGCUAUCAUGGCGCAAAGAAGUGGGGCAUCUCUUUUUCUAAAAGGGACCCUCUCCAUUAACGUUUACUUUGGCUUCGUGUUGGCUUCCGUGUGGAUGUCAUUGGUGGGACCCGUGAAGAGUGACAGCGGUUUUUUAAAACGAACUGGCGGGGAUCGGUUUCUUGACAGCAGCGGCGGUGUGCUUGGAAGAAGCAUUGCUGUCGAUGGAGAUCUUGCUCGUACGGGAGCCGCGCGCUUCAGGAGAGCACAAUCCCAAGAUAAAGUCGCCCUGCUGAGCAGCUCGUUCGUGUUGAGAGGAGACGCGACACAUAAUCAGGCAAUGGUGCACUGGACCGGGGAGAACAGCAGUGUUAUAUUGAUCCUGACCAAGUACUACCAUGCAGACACUGCAAAGGUUCUGGAAAGUUCCAUUUGGAGGUCCACUGAUUAUGGAACAACCUACACCAAGCUGAAUCUGCUGCCUGGCACAACUAUAGUCGUCACCAACUUCUACAUCUGUCCCACAAACAAAAAGAAGAUAAUUCUUGUGAGUACUUCCAUCAAUGACCGGGACCCGAUGCUUUUUAUUAGCACAGAUGAGGGAACCAACUUUCAGAGACAGCCUCUCACAUUCUCCGUAGAGACUCUGAUUUUCCAUCCGAAUGAAGAAGACAAACUACUAGCCUACAGCAAGGAGAAAAGGCUCUAUGUAUCAACAGACUUAGGCAGGAAGUGGACUCUGCUACAAGAACGAGUGACAAAGGGUCGCUUUUUCUGGUCUGUGGCCAGAGUUGAUGCUGAUCCUGAUCUUGUACACAUGGAAAUGCAGGAUGCCAGUGGAGGUUUCCUCUACAUGACCUGUUUGAUUCAGAAUUGCUCUGACAAAAUGGUGACUGCUCAAUUCCUUGGCAAGAUUGACCAUAACUCACUCUCUGUGCAGGAUGAUUACAUUUUUGUGAAGGUGACAACUGGAAAUCGAACCAAGCAUUACGUUUCUUACCGUCGGAAUGAAUUUGUUCAGAUGAAGUUUCCAAAGUAUGCCUUACUAAAGGAUGUGCAGAUAGUCAGCACAGAUGAGAACCAGGUGUUCCUCGCUCUCCAGGAGUGGUACCAGACAGACACCUACAACCUCUACCAAUCGGACCCACAGGGUGUCUACUAUUCCAUUGUGUUAGAGAACGUCAGGAGCACCAAGCAGCCAGAAGAGAAUGUCCUCAUUGACAUCUUAGAGGUCCGUGGAAUUAAAGGAGUCUUUCUGGCCAAUCAGAAAGUGAAUGGGAAGGUCACCACACUCAUCACCUACAACAAGGGCCGUGACUGGGACUACCUUAAUCCUCCGUCCACGGACAUGAACGGGAAACCAGUAAACUGCAAACCGCCGGAUUGCCAUCUUCACAUGCAUCUCCGCUGGGCAGACAAUCCAUACGUGUCGGGGACCGUGCACACCAAGGACUCUGCGCCAGGACUGAUCAUGGGGGCUGGCAAUUUGGGCUCUCAAUUGGUCGAGUACAAAGAAGAAAUGUAUAUUACUUCUGACUGUGGGAAAUCCUGGAGACAGGUCUUUGAAGAAGAACACCACAUUCUGUACCUAGAUCACGGUGGAGUUAUAGUUGCCAUUAAGGACACCUCCAUCCCCCUCAAAAUACUCAAAUUCAGCAUAGAUGAAGGUUGGACUUGGAUGACACACAAUUUUACCAGCACCUCGGUUUUUGUGGACGGGCUUCUGAGUGAACCUGGAGACGAGACUCUUGUUAUGACGGUUUUUGGCCAUAUAAGUUUCCGGUCGGACUGGGAGUUAGUGAAGGUGAACUUUCGACAGUCUUUUCCCAGACAGUGCACAGAGGCAGACUACGAUGCAUGGAAACUAACCAACCUUAAGGGGGAGGCAUGCAUUAUGGGUCAGGAGAGGAGCUUCCGGAAGAGAAAAGACUCAGCAUUUUGUAUUAAAGGGAAGAGUUUCACUUCAGCACUGACCUCCAGGCCCUGCCAGUGUACAGAGAAGGAUUUUAACUGUGACUAUGGCUUUGAACGGGCAGCCAGUCUGAAGUCUGAAGGCGAUCGAUGCUUCGCUGACUUCUGGCACGACCCCGACUCCCCUCCUGACGACUGUAUCAUAGGGCAUUCCUAUGCCUCCAGCACUGGCUACAGGAAGGUGGUAUCUAAUAUCUGUGAGGGAGGAGUAAACAAACAGCAGAGUUCCAAACAGCACACAUGUCCUCUGCUGGCCCCCAGAGGUCUACAGCUUGGAAUCAAAGGAGAGACGAUGGCUGUGGGCCCUGGAGAUGACAUCACCUUCAUUGUGAGGCAGGAGCAGGGAGACACUGUACACACCAAGUACCAGGUGGAUCUGGGUGAUGGGUUUCGAGCCAUCUAUGUGAACCUGACAGUGACUGAUGAACCUAUUCAGCACCGCUAUGAGAAGCCUGGUAUCUACCGGGUCACUUUGAAGGCAGAGAAUACAGCAGGGCAUGAUGAGGCUAUGGUCUACAUCCAGGUCAACUCUCCCCUUCAGGAAGUGCAUUUAGAAGUGGUGCCGAUCGCUGGAAGGAACCAGGAUGUUAACUUGACAGCAGUGAUCCUCCCUGCAGCUACCAAUCUGACAGUCUUCUACUGGUGGAUUGGAGACAAUCUCCAGCCCAUCCUCUCCUUAGAGAACAGCCUGAUUACCAAAUUCCCAAAUACCGGUGAAGUGAUGGUGACAGUUCAGGCAGCCUGUGGAAGGUCAAUGGUCCAGGAUACCAAAACAAUGAGGGUGUUUGAUCAGUUCCAAGUUCUUCCUCUCACAUUCAGCAAAAGCCUUGAUCCUUUCAACCCAAAUAUCCCAGACUGGAGAGAGGACAUCGGGCAGGUUGUCACUAGAAUCCUAGCAAAGAUAACUGACAUUCCACAGGCAUCCCUGGUGACUGUGGUGAAAGCUGACCUUCCUACCACAGCAGACUUGUAUGUGCUUCCACCAGAGAGUACACCAGAGAAGACAAGUAGCACACCAGUCGACAAGAGGAUACCUGCCAUAAAGCAAGCUCUUAACGGGAACAAUGUUAGCUUCAUAGUGAGAGGGGGCCUGGUUGUGUUUGUAAACCUGGCGGAUUCUGAUUCAGAGUCUCAGCGGAGUGGUGCAGGUGGUGGAUUCUGGGCUAUGGCAGUGAUCUUUGUAGUCUGCUUGGUUGCAGUAGGAUCAUUCAUUCUCUACAAAUUCAAAAGAAAACUGCCUGGUAGAAACGUCUACGCUCAAAUGCACAAUGUAAAAGAACAGGAAAUGACCAGUCCUGUCAAUCACAGCGAGGACACCCAGAACAUUAUCCAAGGGGAGGAGUUUAUUGAUGAUGAUCUCGAUUCGCAAACAUUAGGUAACGCUGGAGGUAAUCACUCGGGGGUGGUUCUGAGCAUAAACUCCAGAGAACUGCACAGCUACUUGACCAGCUGAUGUUUACAGCAUCAAUAAACUGCGGAGGCUUGUCUCUAUAUUUUAUUGUUCAGUACUGGGACACUAGCAGGAGGGAAAGAGGGAGAUUCUCAGUUGAUACUACAGCAACCAGUCAUUUUCAAGGAAAAAAAAAGGUGUUUCUGUAACAUAUUCUGAGGAGGGGGAAAAAAGGUUGACUCCAACUGGAUUUAAUUAAGUGGGUCUCACUGUUUCUCAAAUGACUCUACCUGUCACCACUCUUUUCACUAAAGAACAAAAGAAUAACCACUAUCCUGUGUUUUGAAAGAGGACAUGGUGCUAACGUUUCAUAUCAUGUCUACUUUCAAUUCCUGUUACUGUAGCUUUCAUUACAGUUUAUAUCUCGUUAAAUGCACACUUUGACUAUUUGGCAGCACAUUUGUCAAAUGGCUGCCUAUUUUUAACUGUGUUCUUGUGCAGGUAGCAGUAUUUUGAGUUAUGGUCAUACAAUAUCUAUUGGGUCAGUAUGUGUAGAUCCAUGUUCAUUUAAGAAGGCUCUGCUCGCAUCCUGUGCUGUGUUUCUAUGCACUAAAUAACCAUGCUUUUAGUGUGUCGAAUCCCUGCACCUCAACCCCACACAGGGCUUCAUCCCACAGCAAGAUGUUUUGUGGAUCUAACAUAUCGCCUUACUAGGUAUUAGGAAGUUCAAUUGGAAAUUCAUAUCUAGGAUUUUGCUUUGAUUAACUCACAAAUAUUGAACUAGCCAUUAAUAAGGAUGGCCUUGUUCAAGGGCCUUACAUCAGCUUCAGACUGGAUCCACUGCUUGAUGGUGGUCCUCAUAGGUCCUAAUUUAGAAGAGGUGAUAGGUAACACACAUACUAAAUCUUUAAAAAUGAAUUGCUUGCUGUGGCAUCUAUCCAAACAUUGGUUUGUUUAUAGAAGUAAAUAUGGUCCUGGUCCAUAAUCACAAGACCCAUAUACAUUACUCAAUUUAUUCUUUUUGUUUUUACCUGAAAAGUAAUUCACAAUGGAUAUAGUAAAGGGAUUCUCAAAACAUUGGGCUGUAUGUAUGAGGUUUGGGGAAAAAAAAAAGUGCAAACAUUUUGCACUCUAACAGAAUUUACAAUUAUCUUUAAUAGUCUUGAUAAGGUAUGAGUGACUACUACUAUAUUAUGUGGAUUUUGCUGCUAACCCUACAAAAUAUGUAAUCGGCUUAUGUGUCUGUGCCUCAGACAUUAUUCUCCUGGUUUUGAAGCUUAACAACGAGUAUUAUACAUCAUGUUACUUGAGAAUAGUUAUAAUUGCUUUUACCAUCCUGCAUAAACAGUCAUUGUUAAGGUUGGACCACAGGCAAAAUGGUAUUGAGUGCUACCUUUGAAGAAUAAUACUAGCAACACCCUAGUCAAUAAUGCAUCACACUAACCCUGAUCUCCCUCCUCCUGUUGCCUUUGAGCAAUAAGAAGACUCAUCAUACAGAAUCACAGAAAGAAACUCUCUACCUUAUAUUUUUUUCACCCUCUUAAGAAGAUAAAAGCCAACUCUUCUUUAUUACAUCUAACAAUAGAAUGAGGAAGUCACGUCAGGAAUCUGGUACUCGGCAUUCUGUACACACACUGGGGCUGAGGACUGUUAUCGCCUUUUACAGGCUCAUUCAAUUAAAAAUGAACACUGCUGCGAGACAUAACCGUAUGUCAUUUUUGAUGCAUGCCACCAAAGCAUAUGUCACUAAGAAAAGAGUGUACAUGAGCUUUUACAAAAGGUGAAAACACGCACUCAUGAUCUCCACGGUUACAUGUAUGUAUUUUCUUAAAUAAGUAAUAGUUUGCUUCACUUUUGUUUUGUUUUCUAGGCCUUGGUUCCAAGCUCUCUUUCAUGAAAAACAGACCCUGUAAAUAACACAGCACUGAACAUCUACCAUUACACCUGCACAGGUUUACAUCUUAUUGAUAGAAACCAUAGUGAUGUUAAAUCAGUGGGUGUUGAUUUUUUUUAUCAGCCUCUUGAGUGAAAAAAAAUUGAUUACUUCACAUUUAUAGCCAUGUUAUUGUCUAUUGAGGCUUGUUAUACGGUAGCACUGAUAUAGCUAAAAAGGUGCUAUAUAUUUAUUUUUAUUUUUUUUAAUGAAUUCAGGCCAAAUUAAUUAGCAUAUGCCUAAAAUGAAAAACAAAGAAUCAUCUUAUUCGUCCUGUAUUGGUAGUGUUUAUUAAAUUGUGUUAAUUUGACUGCCAGGUUGCUGUUUUACUCAUUCAGAUUAAUUUUGUCAUUGCUGUACCUAUCAAAGUAGGAUAGAUAAUUAAAUUGUACGUUUUCUUAAAUUGUUGUUAAUGGUGUAUGGUCAAAAGAUAGUAUGUUAAAGAGUAAGUGACACAGUUCCGAAAAAUAUAAUGUUCCACAUCCCCAUGUUGUUGCUACAACUCUUUAAAUAAUGUACCUGUCAUUUUUAUUUUCAUUGUUAACACCCUGUUAAAAUGUUCGCUCUAGUUUAAGGGUUAUUGCCUACAUUGUCGAACAGGUAACACAGCAAUAAUGAUCCAUGAUGUGGUAUGGAACAGAAAAGCCAGUGCACAUAUUUUUAAAUCGCUCUUCCUGUAGUGAUUUAGACAGAGGACAGAUCUCAAACCCCAGUGCACUAGGGUGGACAUUUUUAAGAGAGCUUUGAAACAGACUUUAAAAUUUUAAGUGUAAGAAAUUACAGGCCCGUUAUUUAAACAGUUGUAGCAACACAUGGGGACAUAUAACACUAUAUUUUUUUGGAACCGCGCUACUUACUCUUUAAGGAUAACAUAAAACUGUUUGAAGCAGCUAUUGGCUGCAGUAUGUUGUGAAAAAAUAAGCAAGGUAUGCAGUUUACAAAUGCUAUUGUAUAUCUCACAAAGGGUGUUAAAUAUUUCAAUAGAGCCUAUAUUAGGCAAUUAAAAGUGGCAAGGUUCCCUUUAAUUUGCUUUGUAAAUUAAUAAAAAAAAAAAAAAAUACAACAGCAUCACAAUGUAAAUAAUUCCGGAUUAACCCACUGUCUACUAAGGAACAUUCUCACAUAUUAUCACAUUACCAAGGUGUCACCACAUUUAUCUGUGUGAAGCAGUGCUUUCACUACACUUUCCUUUGCUUGUACCGUGGUAUACCACAAUAAAUGUUUUCACAUCUGAUAAUUCUAUUUGUGAAAGUUAUUGUCCUGCAAGGUGUUAAUAGGUUGUGUUUCGCUUAUCUUAUAGAUGCUGAAUUGUAGUGAAAAGGGGAAAGCAGCUGAGUGUGCUGUCCAAUUUGCAAGCAUCUGAUAUGUGAAGAAGAAUUAACAAACUAACGAGUUAAACAGCAUCCAUGACAGCAUGGAGUUUGAACUAGUAUUGAUCUUAGAAAUAUAUAUUUGACCACACACACAUAUAUAUAUAUAUAUAUAUAUAUAUAUAUAUAUAUAUAUAUAUAUAUAUAUAUAUAUAUAUAUAUAUAUAUAUAUUAUAUAUAUAUAUAUAUAUAUAUAUAUAUAUAUAUAUAUAUGGUGGUCCACUAUGAAAGGCGCUAUAUAAAGAUUAUAUAUACACAGUACUGUGCAAAAGUUUUAGGCAGGUGUAAAAAAUGCUGUAAAGUAAGAAUGCUUUCAAAAAUAGACAUGUUAAUAGAAUAUAUUUAUCAAUUAACUAAAUGCAAAGUGAGUGAACAGAAGAAAAAUCUAAAUCAAAUCCAUAUUUGGUGUGACCACCCUUUGCCUUCAAAACAGCAUCAAUUCUUCUAGGUACACUUGCACAAAGUCAGGGAUUUUGUAGGCAUAUAGUCAGGUGUAUGAUUAAACAAUUAAACCAAACAGGUGCUAAUGAUCAUCAAUUCAAUAUGUAGGUUGAAACACAAUCAUUAACUGAAACAGAAACAGCUGUGUAGGAGGAAUAAAACUGGGUGAGGAACAGCCAAACUCAGCUAACAAGGUGAGGUUGCUGAAGACAGUUUACUGUCAAAAGUCAUACACCAUGGCAAGACUGAGCACAGCAACAAGACACAAGGUAGUUAUACUGCAUCAGCAAGGUCUCUCCCAGGCAGAAAUUUCAAGGCAGACAGGGGUUUCCAGAUGUGCUGUCCAAGCUCUUUUGAAGAAGCACAAAGAAACGGGCAACGUUGAGGACCGUAGACGCAGUGGUCGGCCAAGGAAACUUACUGCAGCAGAUGAAAGACACAUCAUGCUUACUUCCCUUUGCAAUCGGAAGAUGUCCAGCAGUGCCAUCAGCUCAGAAUUGGCAGAAAACAGUGGGACCCUGGUACACCCAUCUACUGUCCGGAGAAGUCUGGUCAGAAGUGGCCUUCAUGGAAGACUUGCGGCCAAAAAGCCAUACCUCCGACGUGUAAAGAAGGCCAAGCGACUCAACUAUGCACGAAAACACAGGAACUGGGGUGCAGAAAAAUGGCAGCAGGUGCUCUGGACUGAUGAGUCAAAAUUUGAAAUAUUUGGCUGUAGCAGAAGGCAGUUUGUUCGCCGAACCGCUGGAGAGCGGUACACGAAUGAGUGUCUGCAGGCAACAGUGAAGCAUGGUGGUGGUUCCUUGCAAGUUUGGGGCUGCAUUUCUGCAAACGGAGUUGGGGAUUUGGUCAGAAUUAAUGGUCUCCUCAAUGCUGAGAAGUACAGGCAGAUACUUAUCCAUCAUGCAAUACCAUCAGGGAGGCAUCUGAUUGGUCCCAAAUUUGUUCUGCAGCAUGACAACAACCCCAAACAUACAGCGAAAGUUAUUAAGAACUAUCUUCAGCGUAAAGAAGAACAAGGAGUCCUGGAAGUGAUGGUAUGGCCCCCACAGAGCCCUGAUCUCAACAUCAUCGAGUCUGUCUGGCAUUACAUGAAGAGAGAGAAGCAACUGAGGCUGCCUAAAUCCACAGAAGAACUGUGGUUAGUUCUCCAAGAAGUUUGGGCCAACCUACCUGACGAGUUCCUUCAAAAACUGUGUGCAAGUGUACCUAGAAGAAUUGAUGCUGUUUUGAAGGCAGAGGGUGGUCACACCAAAUAUUGAUUUGAUGUAGAUUUUUCUUCUGUUCACUCACUUCGCAUUUUGUUAAUUGAUAAAUAUAAACUAUUAACAUGUCUAUUUUUGAAAGCAUUCUUACUUUACAGCAUUUUUUCACACCUGCCUAAAACUUUUGCACAGUACUGUAUAUAUAUAUAUAUAUAUAUAUAUAUAUAUAUAUAUAUAUAUAUAUAUAUAUAUAUAUAAAAUCGAGCAUCAAAAGAAACGUAUCACUAUUAUAACACAUUUAUUUAAAAAAAAAAGGUAUAUAAAUGAUGGACAUUGACACUGUUGUUGGACACUGGAUAUGGAGUGAUUUCAGCUGUUGAAUUGCAAGCUUGAAUAAAAGCAAUAAAAGAAAAUCACAGAAAAAAAAACAAUAUGCUGCAUCUGUCAAGAGAGCAGCGUCUUUGUGCAAGCAGCAUGUUGGAGGCUGGACUAGGGCAGUGUACUGUGGCUUGCCGUCUUGGGUGCUCACAGCCAGCAAUUUCAAACCUGGCGAGACGGUAUAACCAGACACACUCUGUCAAUGACAGGCCACAAACUGGGUGACCAAGAGUCACAACACCUGCCCAAGAUGGACAGAUCAUUUUGCAGCAUCUUUGUGAUGUCAAUUAUUAAUCAGCACAAUAAAAAGUCUCUGCACCUUUUCUAAAACAGAGUUUGUCAUUUUUUGAUCACAUCUAGUGACUUUUAUCCAAAUAUAAAGUGAUAAGUUUCUUUUCAUGCUGAAAUAUAAGUGAUAUGUUUCUUUUGCUGCUCAAAUAUAUGUGAUAAGUUUCUUUUGAUGCUCGGAAUAUAUAUAUAUAUAUAUAUAUAUAUAUAUAUAUAUUACAGUUCCUUUGGUAGGUCCUACUCCCCUCUGUUCUACCUGCAUUCAGUUUCUCGAUAAAAUCUGCUUGAGCACACAAUUAAAUUUGCCACUUCCAGUAGUGUGACCAAUACGUCCACUGUACUUGGUACAUUGUGGUAAAUCAUUAUUUGUACAUCUCUUGUACAUAUGCUGAUGUUGGCUUGUUAGUUUUCUAGUGAUGUGAUG